GUAAUUAGAUUUAUGUAGAUUAAUGAGAUGCUUUAGUCGGUGCAAUAAUUACAGUAAACAUGCAAAGAAAAAAAUCCAAUAAAUGGCAUCGCCCACUUUGGAAGUCGGCAAACAAUUCAUUGCACUUGUACUUCCAGUGUAGUUUUGCGUGUGUUGCUUAGAAGAUUUCCCAUUUUCUUUUGCUGUGCCAAACGUGACCAAAAUGGAGCAGGAAAGGCCGUACUACGCUGUAUUCGCUGGACUGUGUGCCUCAUUUGCAAGUCUGUUUGGCAAGUUGACCGCCAACAGUGGCCGCCUGCUGGAACAUGCUGGACUCACCGCGCUGCCAGCAGGAGAAACCCUCGUUCAGGCUGUAUGCCUCCUGACCAUGGUCCUGCUUAACGGUUGCGUGUGGCGAUUCUUCGUCAAAGCACUGCACGCUGGAUCCGGGUCGACGCUGCGGGCAUCGCUGGCCAGUGCCGCCACAAAUUAUGUCGCUUCGGCCCUCCUCGGUACGGUGCUAUUCAACGAGCAGAGCAGCCUGCUCUGGUGGCUUGGCACGGCACUGGUGCUGGCCGGUUUGCUGCUGAUCAUAGGCGGCUCAGAGGAGAAGGUACACGAGGACCAUCCCGGUGGACAAUCGAAACAAACGCCGAAAGCAAAGGACGAAUAAAGUUGUAUGUAACAUUUUA